UCGCUGAUGAACAGAUGCUGCUACAUUUACAAUUGAAAAGUUUAUAAAAGCGAUUCAGGAAGUUACGAGGGUCCCUGAAUGCAGCCAGAGGGGCGGGAAGCUUUGCGUAAUUGUCCUCCGGCUCAGGUUAAAGCGGCGUUUGGCUCAGCGGAGCUCCGGCGCUCCGCUCAAAGGAAAGUCGGUCGUAGUCCGGGCGUUUCGUGGUUCUCUCUGCCCGACCGAGCGCCGCCAUGCCGGGCAGCUGGUGGAGCAGCGCCGCGGUGACCCACGGGCUGAUGGCUCUGUUCGCCAUGGGCUCCUGGAUCUCUGUCAACAGCCUCUGGGUCGAGCUCCCGGUGGUUGUCGACGUGCUGCCCGAAGGCUGGAAUCUGCCCGCCUACCUCUCGGUGCUCAUCGCGCUGGGGAACCUGGGUCCCAUCGCGGUGACCCUGACGCACCACUGCGCGCCGGGCCGGCUGAACGAGCGCCUGCUCAUCCACUGCAUCCAGGCGCUGGCGGUGGUGGCCUCGGCCUGCCUGGCGCUGUCCUGGUCCGAGCUGGUGACGGUGGGCGGGCAGCCGCGCUCGCUGGCCUUCCUGCUGCUGAGCUUCGUGCUGGCGCUGGUCUGCUGCACCUCCAACGUCACCUUCCUGCCCUUCAUGUUCCGCUACCCGCCCCAGUACAUCCGCACCUUCUUCGUGGGCCAGGGCCUGAGCGCCCUGUUCCCCUGCGUGGUGGCGCUCGGCCAGGGCGUGGGGAAGGUGGAGUGCCGCAGCGUGAACGGCACCGAGAGCCCCGUGCGCCUCGCCGAGAGCUUCCCCGCCCAGAACUUCUUCUGGUUCCUGUUUGUGAUGCUCACCGUGUCCGCGCUGAGCUUCCUGGCACUGACGCGCAGGGCGCCGGAUGCUGAGCAGCGGGAGCCAGAGCCCAGCGGCGAGGAAGCGGCAACAGCGGCGGCGGCUAAAGACGGCGAGGAGACGCACCGGCUGUACAACGGCGGGACGCCGCCGGCGCCGGAGGACAGCCCGCCGGCGCCCACCUUCUGGACGGGAAGGAACAUUUACCUGCUGCUGCUGCUCGCCGUCUCCAACGGCCUGACCAACGGCGUGCUGCCCUCGGUGCAGAGCUUCGUCUGCCUGCCCUACAGCUCCAUGACCUUUCACCUCUCGGUCUUCGCUGGGUCUGGGCCUCCUGUCUGUGGCUGCUGGCGUCUUCGCGGCCUACCUGAUGGCGCUGGCGGCGCUCAGCCCCUGCCCGCCGCUGCUGGGCAGCUCGGCCGGUGUGGCGCUAGUGGUGGUCUCCUGGAUCUGCUUCACCGGCCUCUUCUCCUACCUGAAGGUGGUGAUCGGGACGCUGCUGCACGAGGCCGGGCACGCCGCCCUGCUGUGGUGCGGCAUCUCCAUCCAGGCCGGCUCCCUGCUGGGCGCGCUGGCCAUGUUCCCCCUGGUCAACGUCUACCAGGUGUUCGUCAGGGCCCAGGAGUGCGUGGACAGCUGCAGCCACUAGCAGCAGCCCCGCCACCUCUGGUUGGGCCCCUGUUCAGGCUCCGGGUGGUGGGAGGCGUUCAGGCUCCGGGUGUUAGUGGGAGGCGUUCAGGCUCCGGGCGGUGCGAGGGAUCAAGGCGGGAGGCGUUCAGGUUCCAGGUAGUGGGAGGCGUUCAGGAUCAUGAUGGGAGGAGGCGUUCAGGCUCCAGUGCGUUGUGUGUCUGUGUGCGCCCCAGCAUGUCCCUGCUCACCCACCUGCUGGCCUGCCUGUUCGGCGUGGGCUCCUGGGUGUCCAUCAACGGCCUGUGGGUGGAGCUGCCCCUCAUGGUGCCCCAGGUCCCCGAGGGCUGGUUCCUGCCCUCCUACCUGUCCGCGCUCAUCCAGAUGGCCAACGUUGGGCCCCUCCUGGUCACCCUCACCCACCGCUUCCGGCCGUCCGCGCUCAACGAGGCCGCCGUCAUCUACCUGAUCAUCGGGCUGGGGGCGGUGGCCAGCUUCCUGCUGGGCUUCUUCUGGAAGGAGGCGGUCCCGGUGGGGGGGGUCCCGCGCAGCGUGGCCCUCUUCGUGCUGACCUUCUUCCUGGCCGCCGUGGACUGCACCUCCUCCGUCACCUUCCUGCCCUUCAUGAUGCGCUUCCCGCCUCAGUAUCUGACCACCUACUUCGUCGGGGAGGGCGUGAGCGGCCUGCUGCCCGCCCUGGUGGCCCUGGUCCAGGGGGUCGGCGUGCUCCAUUGCGCCAACGCCACUCAACCGCCCGAUGGCGCCCCGAACGCCUCCUUGGGAGACGGGACCCUCCUGCUGCAGGCCCAGUACCAGCCGGCCAACUUCUCGGUCGAGGUGUUCUUCUUCUUCCUCAGCGCCAUGAUGCUGGUGUGCCUGCUGGCGUUCCUGCUGCUCAACUACCACCCGGCGGUGGCCCGGGAGCUCCCCAACGGCCGGUACACCAACGGGGUGUUGUACAUCUUCGGGGUCCUGGCCUGGGUGAACGCGCUGACCAACACGGUGCUGCCCUCCGUGCAGUCCUACUCCUGCCUGCCGUAUGGAAACAGCGCCUACCACCUGUCGGCAACGCUGGCCGCCGUGUCCAAUCCGCUGGCCUGCUUCAUCGCCAUGUUCAUCCCCAUCAGGUCCCUGGUGUUCAUGGGAGCCCUCACAGUGAUGGGCAGUGCCGUGGGGGCCUACAUCAUGGCCAUGGCCGUGCUCAGUCCCUGCCCCAUGCUGGUGAAUGAGGCCUCCGGCGGCGCCAUCAUGGUGCUGGCCUGGAUUGUCUUCAUCCUGUCGCUGUCCUACGUGAAGGUCAUCAUCGGGGUGAUACUGCGCGACGAGGGCCACAGCGCCCUCGUGUGGUGCGGGGCGGUGGUGCAGCUGGGCUCCCUGCUGGGGGCAGUGACCAUGUUCCCCCUGGUCAGCGUCUACGACUUCUUCUCAUCAGGAGACCCCUGCAACACCAGGUGCCCCUGAACCGAAGAGAGGGGCCCCAAAGUUGAAGGUCCCCCCGGCUUUUUCUCAGCCCAGGUCAAAUCGGUGGAGCUGGUUUUCCUUCGAUCUCUCCAACUGAUUUCCAGAGAACUUUUUAUCUAGAUUUGCACUCCAUUCUUUUUAGUUUCAGGCGGCAAAAAGGACAAAGGCUUCUUCCACCUCAGUCUGCUCAGGCCCAGGAUGCGUUCAAGGUUGUACGGUUUUGUUUUAGCCUCAGAUGGUCCUAAAGCACAAAAAGCUGCUCGGACAAUAGCUCAAAGGGCCUUAAAUAAGAUGGAUGAGACUCUGUAGUGGAAGAAGUUUGAAAAGGAGUUUAAGCCGUAAGUCUGCAAACCCUCCAUCUGGUCCAGCUCCAGAGAAGGUGGAUCAUACCUCAUUUAACACGGGUUAACAGAUGGACUUAACAAUCAUUAGAUACCUCUGAAGGACAAUGGCGCACCAUGUGUUAAAAAAAAGAAAAAGAAAACAAGGAAAGAAAACAGCUUCAACAUUUUGAUUAAGAGACUACAGGAAGAAGUCAGCAGAAUUUUCUGCUUCUGACUCCUUUCGAAACAUUUCAAACUAAAACAGAAACACAAUUUAGGGGAUAAAUAAAGUUUGAUGUGUUUAAAAAAUGUGCCACAGGUGCCUUAGAAAUAGAGAUGACUGAAGACUAAUGAAUAAAUAAUGAUAGAUAAAAAACUGACUGAUCGAUCCAUCUGUAGGCAGGUUUUAGUUGAUGCGUCCCACGGUCUCUGAACGCAGCAUCUGCCCUGAAUUGGUGUACUUUUUUUGUAGUCACUUUCUUUCUCUUCAUUUUUGCUUUGUGUGUCUUUGUGGCACCUUUGUGAUGGUUUGUGAUUUUCUACAUUUAUAAAUCUUUCUGGUAGUUGUGUCUGAUUAAUGUAUUUUACCUUCAUUUGUGUAUUUUUGUGUACAUUGUGUGUUUUCUAGUCAAAUUUUGCCUGCUAUUGGUCAUUUUAUGUCUCUUCAGAAGUGGUUUUGUGCAUCUUUGAGUCUUAUGUUAGUUUUGUGUGUCAGUGUUUAUCUAUUUUCAUCUCAGGAUUUCAAACCCAGUUUUCUUGUGUUUUUCUCUCCAAAUUUCGGCCGAGUGAGCUUCUGAGAACAUUAAUCCACAAACUCUUUUCUGUUGAGGAAACAAACAAUCUGAAAAAAUAUGUUCUGCUGUGCAAAUCUGAUAGCAUUUGAAUGCUCUGAAUGUUAAGUUUAUCAGAAAUACAGUAAAGACAGGAGGAAGCUUUUAAUUUGUGUUUAUUUACAUAGUGUAAGGGGUUACAAUA